AUGGCCUUGAGAAACCACAGCACCAUCACUGAGUUCAUCCUCCUUGGGCUGUCGGCUGACCCCGAAGUCCAGGUGCCGCUCUUUGUGCUCUUCCUGGGGAUUUACCUCCUGACCGUGAUGGGGAACCUGACGAUGCUGCUGGUGAUCAGAGCUGAUUCCCAGCUCCACACACCCAUGUAUUAUUUCCUGAGUCAUCUCUCCUUCCUGGAUCUUUGCUUCUCUUCAGUCACUGUGCCCAAGCUUCUGGAGGACCUCCUGUCUGAAAGGAAAAUCAUCUCAAAAGAGGGCUGCCUGAUUCAAGCUUUCUUUGUGUUUGCCAUUGGAGGAACAGAAAUUUUCCUGCUGUCUGCCAUGGCCUAUGACCGCUAUGCUGCCAUCUGCCACCCUCUGCUCUAUGGCCAGAUGAUGAGCAGCCAGCUGUGUGUAAGGUUGGUAUGGGCUUCAUGGAGCCUGGGUUUCCUGGAUGCAGUUAUCAACAUCCCCCUGGCUAUGAACUUGAACUUCUGUGAAGCCCAUACGAUCUCCCACUACAGCUGUGAGCUACCCUCUCUCUUUCCUUUGUCCUGCUCUGAUGUCUUCAGCAAUGUCACUGUCCUGAUUGCUUCCACACUCUUACAUGGCUUUGGUACAUUCUUCCUGAUCUUCUUCUCUUAUGCCCGUGUUGCAACCACCAUCCUGAGCAUCAGCUCCCCCACAGGCAGAAGCAAGGCUUUCUGCACCUGCUCCUCCCACCUCACCACAGUGAGCUUCUUCUAUGGAUCAGCUUUCCUUCGUUAUCUCAUGCCAACUUCAGGCUCGCCGCUGGAGCUCAUCUUCUCCAUACAGUAUGGCACAGUCACUCCCCUAGUGAAUCCCCUCAUCUAUAGCCUGAAAAACAAAGAAGUAAAGGCGGCUCUGAGAAGAAUGUUGGAGAAAUGUUUGCAAUGGCGUAAGUAUCAGGCUACAAAGAGAUGA